AUGAGCCAGAGGAAGGUGCCGGGCCGAGCGGGAGCCAGGGUCAGGGGGGUCGGCAACGGGAACGCAGGGAAACCAGGCUGCUCGGGCCGAGCGGCCGCCGGCGGCCCGAAAGGCCAGGCGGGGAGAGGAUCCAAGGAGGAGGUACUGCGGGAGAGCAACAGUCCCGCAGCAACCCGCCUGAAGCACGGCGGCAGCCCCGGGGGGGAUGUGGGGAAGAGCGGGGGCAGUAAGGCAGGGGACGGCAGGAGGACGGGCAGCGGGGUCCGGGGGAAGGGGAGGGCGGCUGCCGGGGAUAGCAGCAAUGUCCUCGGCGGCAGAAGGGCCGCGGAGCUGAACAAAGUGCUGCGGAAUGUGGUGGAAAACCUGAGGAUCAAGUCGGUGCAGAAAUCCCGGGCAUCGAGACAGGUCAAUGAGGUGGUGGAUCACUUACUGCGGUACAUCCGGAGGGAAUCUGGAGGUUGUUUCUCUGACAUGGAGAAGUUAUCGAGCGGCAGCUACUACGAGAACGUGAAGAUUUCAGAACCAAAUGAAUUUGACAUAAUGAUCGUCAUCCCUAUUAAAAGAAUUGAGUUUCUGGAAGUGGAUGCUGAAGGUGCUUUCUACCAAGUGACAUUUAAGAGAAAUCCAGGUGCCAACCCCCUCAGUCAGUUUGUUUGCAAUGACACACUAUCAGCUGAAGAAAUGAUCUGUCACCUCAGGAAACUCAUCAAAGAAGGGGCAAAAACUCUGUCAGAAUACAAUAUAAAAUUGGAAAGAAGAAAGCCAGGAUGUCCUGCUGUGACCCUUCAGAUUGAGGACAAGGAAUAUGGGCCAAUCUCACUGGACAUGGUUUUGGCCCUGGAGGUUCAUUCACAGAGCUGGCCUAGCAGCACCACUGACGGCCUAAAGAUUGAAGAUUGGCAGGGAAAGAAAGUCAGGAAAGAAUUCAGAAUGAAGCCAUUUUACCUUGUACCAAAGCAUCCACUUAACCUGGCAGAAGGAACACGCGGUCAAUCACAGAAAGAAAUGUGGCGGAUUUCAUUCUCACAUAUUGAGAAGAUGAUGCUCCUGAACCAUGGCAGCUUAAAAACUUGCUGUGAAAAUGGAUCAUCUAAAUGUUGCAGGAAGCCCUGUCUGAAGCUUUUGAAAAACCUCAUCCAAAAACUUAAGGAGAAGAAUCCUCGCAUUCUGGCAAAUGUCUGUUCGUACCAUGCAAAAACAACGCUGCUGCAUGCCUGUGUCAAAAGACCUAAAGAUGAAUUGUGGCCUUUUGAAGAACUUGAUACCUGCUUUCUUCAGCUGGUGGAUGACUUCAUCGAACACCUGAAGACAUCCAACCUUCCUCAUUUUUUCAUUCCUACCUACAAUCUGUUUAACCCUUCUGUAUUUGGUACAAAAUGCAGGGAAACACUGUUGCGUCUAAUUGAAAAUGAAAGGAAGAAUGACUUUCCAAUCUUCUGAAGGCCCAAUUAACUGCAUAACAGUCACUGAUGAUUCAGUUUGAGAGAAACACAGAUGGUAGGAGAAGUUUGGUUUAAAAGUAACCUCUGGAAUCCUGAACUAAAUGCAUACCGAAUACAGCACAUAGGUAAGGAAGCUAUGCAAAAUGUUUUUAAGUCACUGGUUAAACCUUAAGCUGGAGAACUGUGUUAGUCUUAGUGAGUGUGCAGAGAUUUACAGGAACAGUGCUUUGGAUGAGGGACACAAGUGGUGCAGAGAAACUGAACAAGGUGGAAUUAUUCUCACAAUAGCAGAAUGGGUUAUGAGAAUGGGUAUGGAAUGAACUGCCUGAGCAAGUGGUGGAGGCUGGUACAAUUGCAGCAUUUAAAAGGCAUCUGGAUGGGUAUACAUAUAUGUAUAUAUAGGAAGGGUUUAGAGGGGUAUGGGCCAAGAGCUGACAAAUGGGACUAGAUUAAGUUGGGAUAUCUGGUCGGCAUGGGCGAGUUAGAUGGAAGAGUCUGUUCCAUGCUGUACAUCUCUAUGACACCAUAAGGACAUCGCUGUCUAUGAUGUCCAAUCAGGGUUGCAGGUUUCUACUGUGCAUCUUCAUGUGACUGACCAGGCUGAUGCUCACAGGCACAAAGGGCAGGACCUUCUAGUGGCACCCUGGAGGAGUGCAACAUUUGUUUCCAUUUCUCUGAAGCAUUUUGCUUCAUCAUGAAUGAUCCAAAGUGUGCUGUUGCCAUUUUGAAUGAGUGGAAGCAGUCUCUUCUCAGUCAUUAAUGUCAAAUGCCAUCAAGCUUCUGAGUGUCUUUGUAGUGUUUUCUUUGUCCUCCCAGAGCAUUGCUGUUUGAGAGAUGGGGAAAUAUAUCCUGAUGAUCCCUGUCAGGCAUCCAGACAGUGUCUGAUCCAUUGUGGUUGAUUUUUGCACAUAUUUUGAAUCUUUAUAGAGCUGGCCUCAAAGAGGAUACAAAUUUUCUUUUGAGUUGUCAGUUUUUCAUUAUGCUAUUGUGUUUACUGCUGUCAUUAAUUUAUAUUGAGAUAAUGCAGAUUCUUAUCUUUGUCACAAGAUGGUUGAGAAAUAAAUAUCCAAAUUUCCUGAGCUACCUCUGUGAACCAUAGAAAAGAGCCUGCUUUCUGUUUGUUGUACUGAAUGUAUCAGGUUUAGCUUAAAGUAACAUAUCCUGAAAAUGUUCAGUAUUCUACACAGUAUUGGAAAAACAAAUGUUACCGUAAGAAUCGAUUCACCAAAAUAUGCUUUUAUACUUUUUAAUUUGUUAAUAUAAACCAAAAGGAGACAAGCAGGAGGCUGGAAGAACACAGCGAGCAAGGCAGCAUCAGGAGGUGGAGAAGUCAACGUUCUGGGUGUAACCCUUCUUCGGGACUGGGUGUGAGUGGGGAGCUGAAGAUAAAGGGGCAAGGUAGUGAAGUGGGGAUAGGUGAAGACAGGAUAAGAGUACGACCUGGUUGGUCAAUGAGAGGAAUGAAUCUUGUUGGUGGCAGGGAGGAUUUGAAGAGAGGAGGAAGGGCUUGGAAGGGAGUCAGGGAUGGGAAGAGAGGUUAUUUCCAAUUUUCUAACUUCAAAUAACUUCCCUUCCCAUUCCCCUGACUCCCUUCCAAGCCCCUCCCUAUCCCUUCCACUGCUCCCUGCCACUAACAGGAUUCAUUCCUCCCAUUGACCAACUGGGCUGUACCCUCUACCAGUCUUCAUUUAUCCCCACUUCACCACCCUGCCCCCACCACCCCUUUCAUCUGCAGCUUCCCGUACACCCACCCCCAGUCCUGAAGGAGGGUUAUACCCGAAAUGUUGACUUCUCCACCUCAUGAUGCUGCCUGGCUUGCUGUGUUCUUUAAACCACCUACCUGUCUACUUUGGAUUCCAGCAUCUGCAGAUUUUGUCUUUCAGAACAAAAAGGAGCAGGGAUCAACCAUCACUUCUGUUACAAUCUUGCCAGUUUGUUUAUAUAAACUUAAGAUUUCAACCCUAAAUUGUUUAACAUUAACGAAUGAGGAA